CCCUCUUGACCCAAGGUUUCCAGUUUUAAGCUGUGAUUUACAUUCCACGAUUCAACUCCCAACACAGACACACGCUGCAGGAAGAAGAAAUGUGUUUUCUGAUUAAACAUCCAGUUCUUUGGAUAGCAUCCUUGACUUUUAUAUUUGACCCAAACACUGCAGGAAGACAACCUGAGGAAGAGCAGAAGGAGAAAAACAAUGAUGCUUCCAGCCAAAGCUAUUUGGCAGAUUUUUUACAUAUGCUUUCAACUGAUAACUUCACCGAACAACACUGGAACCAAUCUAGAGAAAUUAUCAGGAUGUUGCUGGAAAGAACUAUGUGUCCACAAGGGAUUUAUGCACUGCAAGAAGACUGUAAUCUGUGCCUUCAGUCAGAUGAUUUCCUAUUAAUUGCUGGCGGAGGCUUAGAAUACCACCUUAGUGAAGAAGUGUUCCAGAAAAUUUCCCUUAUUCUUCUGUAUUAUAUUACUCAUCACCAAGACACCUGCUCUUCCAAGCUCAAUCUGAGUCACUGGGAUUAUACAUUUUAUCUUAACAAUACGCUCAGUUUCAGAAGCAAUGAGGACUCCUACUAUUUUUCAAGGAAUGAAACUGAAGAUGCGCUGGAUGCAAUAAGAAAACAUUUUAAAAUCUCUUCAAAUCAGGUACACUUUUUAGGGAAUGAAGCUGGUAUACUGAACGGCAGUGGAGCCGAUGCUAAUUCACUUCCUGGCCUGGCUGCUGCCAUUCUUACAUAUGUUCUGCAAGGAACCUGCCUGGGUAAAUCACAUUUACCUUUACCAGAAUUCUUCAUGAAAUAUAUUUUCAGAUCUCUAAACAGCACUAGUGAACUCCCUGUAACAGCAAUAGACCAGCUUAUGAACAUGCUAAGGGCUGGAAAGAAUUGCAGCUCAAAUGGACAAACAUACCUCGAAAGAACAGCAACAGAUGGUGAACAUCAAAAUAUUCCAGUUGUAACCAAGCCAGAUAAUGGGAAAAUAAUAAUCAGUUAUCAAGAAGAUAAUGAAAACACUGUUAAAUGGGAGCAGGCUUGUUUCACUGAAAAUGAGCUGGUGAAAAUAUUUUUCCACAACAAUCAUCAAUCAAUUUCUAAGGAGCAUUUAAAGAAAAUAAGCCCAGCAAUAAUUCAGCAGUUGUUAAGUUGCUCUUGCAACCUUAUGGAGUACAAACAAACAAGACCUCCACCAACACCUUUGGAAAAAUAUGGAUACAGCACCACAGCAGUCUUGCUCAUUACCUUUGGAUCAAUGUUUGGCACAGCUCUCAUUCUAUUCAAUUCCUGUCAAGAAAGCUAUACUCUUGUUUUACAGCUUUUUGUGGGUUUAGCAGUAGGAACCCUCUCUGGAGAUGCUCUGCUACAUCUUAUUCCACAGAUUCUUGGUUUACAACACGAAGCACAAGAGACUGAACAUUUCUAUGAAGGCAAAGAACAUGUCUGGAAGAUGCUGGCUUUGAUUGGAGGAAUUUAUGGAUUUUUUCUGAUUGAAAAGGGAUUUGUUCUUUUGGUGCCACCACAUGACCAUCAGGGCCCUUCAUUAGUUAAUGGGCACUCGGGGCCUUCCCAUGACCUUCCAGUGAAAUCUGAAUCAAACAACAAUUCAAGCAGAGGCAAAUCUGCUUCAACCACGCAGUUGAAAGGGUGGUGAAGUCCAAUCCCCAAGCUGCCGUAUAUAGGGAGGCAAAGCCAGGGUGGAAGCCAAAUAAUGUCAGCUG